AUGAGUCGUGAUCCGUCUGUGAAGGAGGGCAAAAGGCCAGCUCGAGAACCUCGUGAGCAAUCACCUGGAAUCGACGGACAUACAACCCUCCUUCAGCAUGAAACAGCCGUCGCCGCGCUCGCGAGCCUUCCACUGAAGACCGUCGUCUCAGUCUUCCGCCAUCAGUGGCACAAGGAUAAGGCCCGACUCACCUUCGCCCACGCCGAGCAGUACAUACGCGAACAUGAUCUACCCAUUCCCAGGAUCGAAUGGCCGAACCUGAACAAAUACCGACCGCGUCAUUAUGAGGUCCAUAGAUUCCAGCUGAAGCUGUUGAAGGAAGAUCUUGUAUGGCACCGCGAGAAGUUCAUCAGGUUGUACUUGGAUGCCGUCAUCGCGUCUACUCGCCUCCCGAAGAAAGACCCCAUCACUCUGCACCAAAUCCGUGACAUUCGAAAAUCCUUUACUAGCGAGUUGCGGAUCAGUCUUCCGAGAGACCUCGCCAAAGUCUACUACGGCAAGGUUCCCGCUUGUAUGGAUUCCGCUAUCGACCCUGGGGAGUUUAAAGAUUUGGUCGAUCACUUUGGAGCAGAGAGGCACCCUAUGAUUCUCGCCGUUCCCAUGUCUUUGCAUCUGUGGAGCGUACACCAAGACUACCCAGACCUACUUCCCAAAAACCCGGCGCCGUGGGAUUGGACCAUGCCUGCAGAUGUCAUCGAGGCUAAUCAUUGGAAGACUAAAGAAGAUCUGUUCUAA